UUGGUAAAAUUAGGGCUCUGAUUAGCUGCACCCGCUCUCAUCACUCGUCACUCACUCUCCUUUUCUUCCCUACCCAAACAAAACAACAAAAAUUUGCACAAUUUCAUUUUUUCUGUAUAAAGACAAUCAUUAGAUUCCGGUAAGUAUCUUUUAUUCCCUCCCUCCCUCCCUAAUUCCUGCGCUCCCCCCCUUUUUCUGGGGUCCAUUUCAGUUUCAGUUUUCAUGAUUUGAAUUACUUCAAAGAUUUAUUGGUACAUGGAUCAGAUUGGCAUCCCAGAUUCGUCCUUUUUGUAUAUACGGAAGAAUUGCCCUUUGUUAUUUGGAUAGUUGUUGUGCAGAUUUUAGGUUGGUUGAAAUUUGUGUGUAUAAAAGAAUGGAAAAUGGGGUUAUAGAAUUUGAUAUUGGUUUAAGCGGUGGAGAUGAUGGUAUUGAUAUUGAGCCACCAAACGAUGAUGGCGACAUACCUGAUGGCUCAUCAAAUGAUGCUAAUUCUCUUGGUAGUGGUAGUGGCGAGACCUCUUUUAGUCUUCAGGUUUACAUUCCGGAGGGGGAUCAUGAUCUCGAGCCUUAUGAGGGGAUGGAAUUCGAGUCGGAGGAGGCUGCGAAAGCCUUCUACAACUCGUAUGCUAGGCGGGUUGGAUUUAGCACUCGUGUGAGCUCCUCCCGCCGCUCUAGGAAGGAUGGGGCGAUCAUACAGCGGUCUUUCGUGUGUGCCAAGGAGGGGUUUCGGAAUUUGAAUGAGAAGAGGACCAAGGAUAGGGAGAUCAAGAGGCCACGGACUGUGACUCGAGUAGGGUGUAAGGCAUCCUUGUCUGUUAAGGUACAGGAAUCGGGGAAGUGGGUGGUGUCGGGGUUUGUUAAGGAGCACAAUCAUGAGCUGGUGCCGCCUGAUCAGGUGCAUUGCCUCCGCUCCCAUCGCCAAAUCUCUGGCCCUGCAAAGACUUUGAUUGAUACGUUGCAGGCUGCUGGGAUGGGACCGCGUAGGAUAAUGUCUGUCCUCAUCAAGGAGUAUGGUGGGAUUAGUAGAGUCGGGUUCACGGAGGUGGAUUGUAGGAAUUAUAUGAGAAACAAUAGGCAGAGGAGCAUGGAGGGAGAUAUUCAGCUGCUUUUGGAUUAUUUGAAGCAGAAGCAAGCUGAGAAUCUUAACUUUUUCUAUGCAGUGCAAGGGGACGAGGAUCAGUACGCGGGUAAUGUGUUUUGGGCUGAUCCAAAGGCGCGGUCUGACUACAGCCAUUUCGGAGAUACCGUUACAUUUGACACCACGUACAGGUCGAAUAGGUAUAGAUUACCUUUUGCGCCUUUCACGGGGUUGAAUCAUCACGGACAGCCGGUCCUGUUUGGUUGUGCUUUCCUAAUUAAUGAAUCAGAAUCAUCAUUUGUGUGGUUAUUCAAAACUUGGCUGGAGGCUAUGUCUGGCCGCGCUCCAGUGUCAAUCACCACGGAGCAUGAUAGUGUGAUUCGCUCUGCCAUCAUGCAGGUCUUCCCAAAUACUCGCCACCGGUUCUGCAAAUGGCAUAUAUUCAAGCAAUGCCAGGAGAAGUUGUCUAACGUGUUGCUACAGCAUCCUCAUUUUGAAGCUGCUUUCUACAAGUCUGUGAACUUGUCUGAUAGCACUGAGGAAUUUGAAUCGUGCUGGCAUUCCCUUGCGGAUAAAUAUGACCUCAGAGAGCAUAAGUGGCUUCAAGCCAUCUAUGCUGAUCGACGGCAAUGGGUCCCUGUCUAUCUUCGUGAUACUUUCUUUGCUGAAAUGUCAAUCACUCAGAGAAGCGACAGCAUGAAUUCUUACUUUGAUGGGUAUGUGAAUGCAUCCACAAAUUUGAACCAGUUCUUUAAGCUGUACGAAAAGGCGUUAGAGAGUCGCCAUGAGAAAGAAGUUAAGGCGGAUUUUGAUACAAUGAAUGCAUCGCCUGUUCUGAAGACUCCUUCUCCAAUGGAGAAACAGGUGUCUGAAUUUUACACGAGAAAAAUAUUCGCAAGAUUUCAAGAGGAGUUGGUUAGUACUCUCACUUUCAUGGCAUCCAAAGUGGAUGAUGAUGAGGAGGUAACAAGUUAUCAAGUGUCAAAAUUUGGUGAAGAACACAGAGCUUAUCACGUGAGGUUCAAUGUUCUCGAAAUGAGAGCUACUUGUAGCUGCCAGAUGUUCGAGUUUUCGGGUCUUCUUUGCAGACAUGUAUUGGCUGUUUUCAGAGUAACUAACGUUCUCACACUCCCAUCCCAUUACAUCUUGAAGAGAUGGACAAGAAAUGCCAAAAGUAGCGUUACACUGGAAGAACGAGUUAGUGAUCCAUACCACAGUUAUUUGGAAUCCCAUACUGUUAGAUAUAAUACUCUUCGGCACGAGGCCUUUAAAUUUGUAGAUGAAGGAGCAGAGUCAUUAGAUUCCUAUAAUGUUGCUAUGGCUGCUUUGGCGGAGGCUUCAAACAAAGUUGCUCUUGGGAUAAAGAAUGAGGGGAAGUCAUCUUUAACCAAUGGUCGAAUGAGGGAUGUCUCAGCACGGAUUGGAGUUCAGGCGAAUCAAUGUACUGCAGAAGUGCCAGGGAGCUCGGCUCAACAACUUUCCGAGGAUGACAUGGAUCAGAAGAUUAAUGAGCUUUCUGUGGAUCUGGACCGUGCCAACCACAAGUGUGAAGUAUACCGCACAAAUCUCCUCUCACUUCUGAAAGAUAUAGAGGACCAUAAGCAGCGUUUAUCCGUUGAAGUCCAAAACAUUAAGCUGAGCAUGAAAGAUAGCCUAUAAAGGUGCAGUUUCUGUUCUUCACUCUGUUUUAUGGAGUUUAUCCGCAAUUCUUGUGUUGAGGAGAUUUUUCCUACUUUGCGUUGAUGGGAAAAGAAUCUGUUGACUUGUCUUAGGCGCGUGAUCCUGCAAUGCAGUAAUUAGAACUCUCUAGCGACUAGCAGCCGUUUUCUUUCUUGAAAAAUUGUUAAUGCUGCUUAUAUAUAGGAUUUCAUAAGUUGCUGUCUGGUGUCAAAUGAUCUAUCAGCAGCUAACCAACCAUUAUGUAGUUAGUGCCGCAAAUGAUUAAACGUCGAUUUAGUGUAAAUAUUAAUGUGUUCAAUGCACAGUUGAAAUGCUUCUCAGUCUAUUGGUUUUUCUCAGCAA